GUUAUUGAGAAAAACCUGAGCGGCUGGUGGUACAUUCAGAUUGAGGAGAAGGAAGGCUGGGCCCCCGCCACGUUCAUUGAUAAGUACAAGAAAACCAGCAAUGCAUCCAGGCCAAAUUUCCUGGCUCCGCUACCCAACGAGAUGGCCCAGCUCCGGCUCGGCGAUGCCACGGCUGACAGCAGCACCGGCGAGGAAGCGACAGGUCCGUGUCGUCCUCUGCCAGAGGCUCCUCCUAACGGUACAGACUGUGGUGGGAAGUGGGCCAAAGACUGGAAGGGAAAGGAGGCUCCCGAGAGCGGGGACCUAGCCUUCGCCGGUGGUUACGAGGAGAUCUCGGACCGUGACACAGAGGAGAAGCCUAGCCUGCCGCCCAGGAAAGAGUCCAUCAUUAAAUCGGAAGGUGAGUUACUGGAGAGGCAGAGGCCUCCCCCCAAGCCCCCAGGCGUGAUUUUGCCCAUGAUCCCACCCAAGCAGUCAGCAGCCCCAAAGGACAGCAAGAAGCCCGAGCUGAAACAGGAGAAGGGCAAACUCUUCCAGCUGAAAAAUGAAAUGGGACUGGAAUGUGGACACAAGGUGUCAGCCAAGGAAGUGAAGAAGCCAAACCUCCGGCCCAUUGUCAAGCCAACCAAGCCAAAAGCUGAGCCUGUGGAGGAUAAGCCUGACCCCAUUGCCCAAAAUCCAUUCUUGAAGUCCAGACCUCAGAUCAGGCCAAAACCCGCUGCAGCCCCCCGGUCUGACCCACCUCCAGCUGAUGAUAAACUGGACAUUUGCAGCCUGCGGAGCAAGCUUAGACCUGCAAAAUGCCCAGAGAAACCCUCUGAGCAGGACACCGCUGCCGGCGAAAGCUCCUUCAGUAACGCUAUGGUCUCUUCAGAGGCUUCUGGAAGGUUUCAGGAGCGACCAAGCAUGGAGAGCAAACCCCUGCCCAAGCUGGACAGCCACACUGCGAAAGAAGCGCUGCCCAAAGCACCCCUGGGCGCAGCAAAUGCCUCGGGUGCCAGGGAGCCCCCGCCACAGCGCCCUGUUGUGCCACCCCGCAGACCACCACCCCCCAAGAAAACGGGGGCUCCUGUGUCCAGCCCCGCGGUGGAGCUCAGGGCCCCACCCCCGCCACAGCGCCCUGUUGUGCCACCCCCGAAAGCCAAGCCGUUCCUCUCUGCCUCCAUCCAAGACGAAGCCAAAGUGAAAAGCAGUGUAAGCCAAAAGGUUAUAUCCAAGCCAGUGGAGAGAGGGGAAGCCAAGGAGAGGACCUCAGCCCCCAUCUCUAGUCCGGACAUCUCCAGGGAAGCUCUCUAUGUGGCAGUGGCAGAUUUUGAAGGCGACGAGGAGACCAACAGCUUUAAAGAAGGGACUUUGUUUGAAGUUCGUGAGAAGAACAGCAGUGGCUGGUGGUUUUGCAAGGUCCUUACUGGGGGGCCAUGCUGGGAGGGCUGGAUCCCUUCCAAUUACCUGCGUAAGAAGCCAUAG